AUGCCUCCUUCUGCUCAUAGAUUUUCAAACAAGCCACUUUCAAAAAGAGCGCAACGACAAUUAGCAACUAAACCCAAUUACUGCGAAGGAAAUUCUUCCGAAGAGGAAAUAGUUGAAGAAUAUGAUAAUAUGAUGCAAAAUACAUUUCACAUAGGUGUUGAGACUGAAAAUGGUAGAGAGUCUUCAAAAAAAUUUAAAGAAAAAGAAGAAAAUGCAAGGAUAAGUAUCGACGAUAAAGAAAUAGAAAAUUUCGAAGAAUUUCAUGAAUCAGCAACACAUGAUAGCAAUAAUAAAAAAGGAAGAAGAGGAGAAAUUCUUGAUAAACUAAAAAAAUUAAACAAUGAAUUUUAUUUUAAAAAGGAAGAAAUAUAUAAAGAAAAUUUGGAUCAAAUUGAUCUAGAUAUUAAAGCAAUGAGAGAAGGAAUCCAUCCUGAAUAUGAAGAACAAUUACAACAAUUGAUAGAAAAACGUGAACAAAUGCUUGAAAAAGCAAGAUUAUAUAGAAGUUACAGACUUGAAUGCGUGGAAAAAAUGUUUGAAGCCGAGAUCAAACAAGUGGAAAAAGAUUAUACGACAGAAAAACAAGGGUUGAAAGAACAAAUGUUAGCAGAUAUAGAUGAACGUAAGAAAAAAAUAAAAGAAGAGUAUGAAGGUUUUGAUGUAACAAGUGAUUCUGUGAUAGAAUCCAGUACAAGAUACCACCCCCAAAGAAAAUUACGUACACGUGUAAAGGAAGAAACAGAAGUUAAAGUUAAAAAAACAAAGCUUUCGCGACCAGCAGUUUCUGUUAAGUUGCAUGAGAGCGAAAUCAAUGAUGAUUUAGCUGAAAUUGGAAAGACAAAAACGUUGUAG